UUGUUUCUGUCUGGAUGCUGCGGAGCAGACUGGCUGGAGAGGGAGGAGGAAGAGGAGGAGGAAGAAGAAGUGGGAAGCGCUGUUGUUCCGUCUCACCAGUGUGUAAUAGUGAUCGGUCAGUGUGUCGCUGACUGCGAGAGGUUCUUGUUGCAUUCCGCCAAAGUUUGCCGUGCACUUUCCUCAGAAACUUUUGGGAUCGUUUCAUUUUAUGAGCGGGGUAAAGCGAGUGAAGGUGCCCGAAUGGAGAAGCACAAAGUGCUGGAUCAAAUCCUGAUGGAGCUCCACCGCUUCCUGCUCAUCCUGGACAAGGAGAACCUGAGCGGGAACGCCACCAUCCAGAAGGGCCUGCUGUCGGAUCUCCUCCAGUCCUACAAGUCAUUAAGUGGUGCCGAUCAAGAGUAUAUCUACAUGAACAAAGUGCUCGGUGCAGGGAAGGACAACAAUGACAAAGAUGAGCGAUUAGAUGCUCUGGUCAAUGGAAAAGGAGCCAAACAUGUCUUGGUGCCACAGAAGAGCCUUCCUGACCUGCCACCUCCCAGGACUAGUAUGGGAGUUCGGGAGCCGUUCCCUUUGCCUGCAGUUCCAGCUCCAGCUCCUGCUUGUAUAGACUUCUCUGACGGUUACUACGAGGAGGCUCAGCCCUACGAAGAAGCUGAUAAUGAUGAUGGAGAAGCAGUUAGUAGUUCAUACGAGUCCUACGAUGAGGAGGAAGUGACCAGAGAGAAGUCUACAUCAUCAGCUCAGCACCAGUGGCCAUCUACUGAGGCGUCUAUUGAGCUGAUGAAGGAUGCUCGGAUCUGCGCCUUCCUGUGGAGGAAGAAGUGGCUCGGCCAGUGGGCCAAACAGCUCUGCGUCAUCAAAGAUUAUCGCCUCUUGUGCUACAAAAGCUCCAAGGACCAGACGCCCCUGCUGGAUGUGAGUCUGCUGGGCUGCAGUGUGACUUACAAAGAAAAGCACCUCAAGAAAAAAGAGCAUAAGCUGAAGAUCAUUCCUGUUGGAGGGGAGGCCAUAGUGCUGGGCCUCCAGAGCAAAGACCAGGCCGAGCAGUGGCUGAAGGUUAUUCAAGAGAUCAGUCCCAAGCCACUUGAGGACCUGCAAAACUCUGAUUCACCGAAGCUCAUCUGCACAAAGGGAGAGCUGAAUGAGAGGCACUCUUUGGCUUCAGAGAGUAGCAGCAGUACAGACAGCCACGCUGAGAUGGCAGAAAACAAAGAUGUGAAGAAAAAAUCUGGUCCAGGUUUGAUGUUUAGCAACCUGAUCAACAUCGGGAAGAGAAAGCCUUCGGUCCUCGAGAGCCCUGAGAAAAGUAUCGAAACCUCAGGGUACCUGAAUGUGCUGCUGAACAGCCAGUGGCGGGCCUGUUGGUGUCUCAUAAAGAACCAACAGCUGUGGUUCUACCAAGACAAGGGCAAGAACAAAAUGAACCAGCCAGCUUUGACUCUGGAGGGCUGCAACAUUUUGCCCGACCCAAGCCCUGAACACCUCUACUCCUUCAGGAUUGAGAUGGACGGCACGCAGCUGGCAACUCUUGAGGCGAAAACAUCAGCAGACAUGGGUCACUGGCUGGGCCUCUUGCUGUCACAAACGGGGACCAAAACCGACCCAGAAGACCUCGCAUAUGACUACGUCAGCCCUGACAAAAUCUCUAGCAUCGUCAGUGCUGCCAAGGCUUCGUUAUAUUUGAUGCAAAGAAAAUACUCUGAGCCAAAUACGUACAUCGACUCCAUACCUUCCAUCUCUCAAAACUCAGAUGAGUUGUAUGAUGAUGUGGCAUCUCCAGCUGAUCUUAAGGAUGCUGAGGAAAGCAGCACAACAAACUGUGAGGUCAACAAAGACCAGGAGCAGAAUGCUCAGAAGUCAACCGAAUCAGAGGAAGACGACAGCCGAAUUUAUUUGGAUUUAGUCCCUUUGCCAUCCUUCCUCCACACAAGUAGUGGACAUAAAUCCUCUCCUGUCAAUGACACUUCCAGAGUGUCUCCUGUCGCUGUGGACAAAGAGGAGUCCAGCUCCCCCACUACCAGCAAACCAGAGCAACAGUCACAGACCUCAUCCCAAAGCCAGGAGAGCACAAAGAGGACAGCCUUGACAAUCCCACAAGUCUUCAGCUCUUCUGGGGCACAGAUCCAUAGGAGUCCAUCAGCUCAGACUCCUGCCAGCAAAUUCCCUCAGAGCCCACAGGCAGGAAGACAAAAGGCACACACCAUAGGAAGUCCAAUUUCUGUCGAUGUAAAAUUUGGCAAGAACCGCACCGAAGCCGACAUGCGACGCUACACGGAUGAGAGGAAUCGUCUAGAGAAAGAAAAAGAGGAAAUGAAGAGCAGUUUGGCCAACCUGAAGAGGGAGAAAAGGGAAGUAAAAGAGGAGCUGAAUGCCUGCCAGGACCCCAAGCAGCAGGCCUCCCUAGAGGCCCGCCUGAAGCAGAAAGAGGAGGCGUGUCGUGAAGCGGAGGGCCGCAGGGUGGAGGUAGAGCUUCUGCUGGUGGAAGUGAAAGAAAAUCUGAAGAAAGUGGAGUCGGGGCCUUUCACACUGGGUACCACACUGGACAGCAGUCUCCAUGAGACAAACACGGUUAAAUCAGCAACCUUACCCAAUUCUCCCAUAUCACUAUCAUCACCCUCCUCUGCCUCGCCUCAACCUCCCAACAUUACCGUGGCAGAUUCUGCUUCUCCCGUCAACUCUGCCUCAGCGCUCAAAAACAGGCCGUCUUCCAUGAUGGCCACGAAGGGCAAAGUCUUGCUGAAAGCUAAAGAAUGGGAGAAAAAAUCCACCACCUAGAAGCAAAUCCAUCUUCCUCUCGUCUGAGUCUUCAUCCUGAUCCUACCUAGAGUGAAGAACCAAUCAGAAGGAAGCACAAGCAGUCUUUCUGAUCACCACUGGAUAUUCUUCAACACAGACUUUUUAAGUUGUUUUGCAAAGGAACACAUUUGAUGAUGAAGUAGCAGAAAAUGCACAAGUGGGUUGUUUCAACGUUUCGACAAUUUCUAUAAAAAAACAGAAACCACUAUAUUUUAAAGCAGAAAGAAGCCCCUUUUUUAAAAUGACCAUUUUGUACAUUUUAGAUUGUAGCUUGGUUCAUGUAUGCUGGUAGCCAAGAUGUAAAUAUAUUUACGCCAUUUUUCUGCCUUUUGACUUAUAUUGCUAGCUAAACUGCACUUUUUAUUCUAAUAAAGCUUUGUGUUCAUCUGGUGA